AUGAUAAGAUGUUCUUCUAAUGGUUCAUUUGAUCGAUUAGAUCAUCAAAUACUUGACCGAUUUUGUUCACAAAUAUUACCUUCGAUUCAUCAUAACAUCAAAUGGUUAGAUGUUGAAUGUUCGUCUAUGGAAGAUGUUCUUCUUUGUACAAGUUAUCCUAAUUUAUCGGGACUUGGUUUACAUAAUAUCGAGAAGAACAUUGCAUUACGUAUUUUUACUGACGAAAUUCCUUUAACUCAUAUAUUUCAAGAUAAAAUUUCAUCACUUGUUAUUGAUGUUCAAUGUGAAAGUUUACGUAUGAAUGACACAAGCAAUUCAAAUAUAUCAUCUUUUUGGUAUCAAUCAUUAUUUGAAAUGUCUACAACUAUUUCCUCUUCGAUUCUGUUAGAAUUGCAUAUCAAACUGAACAAAUUUACAGAUUGUCUUUAUUUACUUGAUGGUCGUUUCGAUUCACUUGAAAAAGUUUUUCUUGAUAUUUGUAAAAUAUCUACUCCAGAGAUAGUAAUUAAUAAUAAAGUAAAUCAAUCCAUUUAA